AUGGGACAAUAUCACCCAUCUUCAUUUUCUUUCACAAGACGAUUCAAAAGGCGAUCCUCUAUUGUAGCACCUCAACCUUUACCAAGACCAAAACACGAACUUGAUUUAAGCGCAGAAUUCCGUCGAAUUGAUAAAAAAACAUAUAACAGUAUAAUUAACAGUUCAAGAUAUGAUUUACCAGAUGAUAAUGAACGUAUCGAUAGAAUCAAAUUGAGACAUCGUUUGUUUAGAUAUGUAUGGCAAAAGAAUUUUUUAUCUCCAGUUAGAGAUGAUUUAUUCAAAGGGAUUAAUGUUCUUGACGUUGGAUGUGGUGAAGGUUCAUGGGUAUUCGACAAUGCUUCCACUUAUCCAAACUCUACUUUUCAUGGAAUAGACAUGGCUGAAACGUUUCCAAAGGACACUUCUGCUUACCCAAACGUAAACUUUUCUCAAGUUAAUAUAGUCAACGGCUUGCCUUUUGAAUCAAACUCUUUUGAUUUUAUACACCUGAGAUUUUUGGUUCAAUAUUUAACCGAGGAUGAAUGGGAUAAUAAGGUUUUAAAAGAAUUAAUGAGAGUUUUAAAACCUGGUGGUUAUUUGGAAAUAAUGGAAUUUGACAUGAUAUUUUACAAUUCGGGUUAUAAUGCAGUUAAAUUACAAAAUUCAACAAUAGGAUAUUUCAAAUCGAAACAAAUAAACGCUGUAAUAUCUCCACAUCUUCUAAAAUAUUUAUCCACCAUAUCACAAUUUUCCGAAAUACAUCAUGAAGUAAAAUCAACUCCUUUGGGUAAUUGGGGUGGCAGGUUAGGAAGUUUCGCCAAAAUUUAUUUUAUGUUAGCUUUCAAAUAUAUGAAACUGGUCCUACCUGAGUAUAUGAAAAUUAGCAAUGAUGAGUAUGAUGAUAUUGUAAGCAAGUUUGGUGUAGAAUGUGAACUAAAUGAAACUUAUAUAAAGACCUUUAGGGUUUAUUGUAAAAAAUGUGUUAAUUAA